AUGAUGCUAUGCGAUUCCCAUGAGGCACCGCCACUUGUGGAAGUUCGCGGGGACAAGUCGGCCAAAGACACCGAAGCUUCGGCAAAGAUCGAGAGGCUGUCUGGGAUCGAUGAGGGCUGGCCGCGAGAUCUCACCUCCUGCAAGUCCGUGAACGCUGCCCUCCUCUGGCGCGAAGGAGAGGAUGAACUGAUGGAACCCUGGGACAUAAAACAGGUCAUGGGUUUUGACCCCAACAACAUGGAGAAGCACAAGAUGACAACAGAUCAGGUCGGACAGGGCGAGGCCAUUUCCACCAAUGCACGCGCGCGAGCCCGGGCCAGCAUGAGCAGAUGCCAGCGGUUCAUUGUGUCGCCGGGCUUUGAUCAGCUGUCGGGAUUCAUCAUCCUACUCCACUGCUUCAGUGUCGGCAUGGAGGCAGAUCAGCGGGCACGCGAUCCCGUCAACGCUUGCGGCGGCUGGUGGGUGACAAUGCAGUUCGUUUGCAACGUUCUCUUCGUCUUGGAGCUCUUGGUGCGAUUGCAAGCCUUUGGGGUGAAGACCUUCUUCUGCGGCCACGACAGGUAUUGGAACUGGUUCGACCUUCUGGUGAUCCUCAGCGGGAUUGGUGAGGAGAUCCUUUCUGGCGUGAUUCUCUUCAAUUCGUGCGAGCGUCCGCCUGAGACCGGUGAUUUGAUGACAGCCUUCACCAUUCUACGAAUCAUGCGUCUCCUCCGGAUCACGCGGCUGAUCCGCGCCGUGCGCUUCAUGCCGAUCUUUCGUGAGCUGCGGGUCAUGGUGCGAUCCAUCCUGAACUGUCUCAUGCCGCUGACGUGGUGUCUUGUGCUCCUUGGAUUCUUCCAGUGGUGCUUCGCCGUCUACUUCAUCACAGUCACCUCCGACCACGUGCAGGCCAUGCACAUGGCACCGGAGAGAUAUAGCCACAUCGAUGCACAUCGGCUUCAAGAACUGCAAGACCAGAUCAAGGCAAUGUUCGGCUCCCUUUGGAGGACGAACUACGUUCUUUUCAUGUCCGUCAGCGGGGGCCUGGAUUGGGGCUAUGCCAGCGACGUCUUCAUCACCCUCGAGAGCUACUACGCAGCGGCGGGAUACCUUUUCUUCAUUGCACUUGUGGCGCUGGCCGUGCUCAACGUCGUCACUGCCGUUUUCGUGGAAUACGCCAUGAAGAUGGCGGCAGACGACCGGGACUUGGUUAUCCAAGAUACACUGGCGAGGCGCAACAAAUACAUGAAGGACGCCAUGUUGGUCUUCAAGGAGGCUGACGCCGAUGGCUCUGGCUCCAUCACCUUCAAGGAGUUCCUGGACCACGUGGAGGAUGAGCGAGUCCAAGCCUUCUUAAAUAGCAUGGAGCUCGAUGGCAUCGAGGCAAUUCGUCUGUUCAAGCUCCUCGACCUCGAUGGGAGCGGCUCCGUCGAACCAGACGAGUUCGUGCACGGGUGCAUGUGCCUCAAGGGCAUGGCGAAGACCAUCGAUCUCGCAAUUUUGCUGCGGGAGCAGAAGAAGGCCAUGCAAAGAUGGAGCAGCUUCAUGAGUUACGUGGACAUAUGUCUCACCCGUUUGAUGACAGAAGAGCACUGCGAAUUGCCGGACAUGAUGGCCGUUCAGUCGAGUCGGUCGCGAAUUAGCACCACGUCUUCGGGGAUUAACCGCAAAGCGGGUACAUUCUAG